AUGUCGAUCAAUGCUGCGCACCAUCUGGUGAAACCUGUCAACCAUUAUCAAUCUGGCGUGCCUGCGAUCAUGGCUCGCAUCUUGGCCAACCCAAGGAGGUCUAAAGGAAAGGACCCCGCAGCUGGACCACAGAACACGAGUCCACAAUCAAAUUGCGUUCAUCCUAACAAUCAUGACAAGAGUACCGGGGCCGCCAAGCUCAUCGAAACCAUAACAAACGAGCUCCAGUGCAGCAUCUGUUUUGAGCUGUAUCGCGACGUGAGAAGAACGCCGUGUGAUCAUAUGUAUUGCCGGACUUGCAUUGAACAGUCGCUACGACGCUAUCAAAAGUGCCCGUUAUGCGCAAGAAAGGUUGCCGUGCGUGAAUUAUCCCCAUGCCUCAAGGUCCAAGAUCUCGCUGAUCACCUGCGAGGUCAUAUUGCAGAAACGCCAAGUGGGUCGUCUCCAUCUCUACCUGUGAGGUCCAGGGAUGGAGUUUUGGACUUGACCAAUGUCAUAGCAGGUCGACCUGGUCCUCAAAUCCCAGGGAACCAGGCGUCAGGCUCGCAGCGUUCGCGCUUUGAAUCGUCCAGAAACUCGGGGCCAGAUACUCAACGUCCUCGCUUUCAACCUUCAGACAAGGUCAUUUUUAGCGAUGGGCGCAGGCUUGGCGUCUCUAUGUUGAGCCCGAGGGAUGGAGACCAUGACAGUGAUGUUUCGACUUCAGAGCAAGGGCACUCUACCAAUCCAACGAACGGAACCACAGGUAACAACCCUCCUUCCAGUCCGACUCGAAGGCGUAUCGCCCGCCCGCGUGGGAGAUUCGCACCAAGUGAACCACCAGUACCUCCCCCACAAGAACCUCCGGCGACCUUCACGUUCGGAAGCGGUCUUUCAACAGGUUUCUCCUUUGAUGCACCGGACACAACAAACGCAGACGGCGCAAACGCAAGAUCAGGGAACAGAGGAGGUCGCUCCCCGUGGCUCACGGAUCUGGCUUCACGCUUUGAUCAAACAGUGGGCUUGGUAGGCAGUGCAAGCACGCCUGCAUCUGGUUCAAGCGACAGUUCCCAUCGGAUGCGUUCUCCGCGGCGAUCACGUUGGAACAAAAAUGUAUUGUCUGAAUCAGGCCCAUCCUCCUCCAGUUCUGGUGGGUCCUCAGUUGGUCAGCCGCGCCGGUCUACUCCUCCGUCCGCAACGUCCAACAGGUCAAGCGGUGAUGAUCUCCAUGAAAAAUAUAAGCGCUUCUGUGAGCGGAAACAGAUGAACACGAAGUGGAUGACGAAUGAUCGGGAGGCCGUUAGGCUUGCCAGAGAUUUAAAAUUGUGUUUGGCUGGAUUCGACUGUUGUGAUUGCCGGGUAGCCUGCCAACGCGGAGAGGGAAUCAUAUUGACUUGCAAGCACACGAUAUGCACGAAAUGCUUCAGGAAACGCAUAGUCGAAAGUAUGAGAACCAAGGAUAUUGUAAAAUGCCCGACAGCACAGUGUGAUUCUGUCGUGACCACAAGAGAGGUAGAUAUAAUACUAGGAUUGAACCGGGCGGCCGGGUACGAAGCUGUGGAAUUGGCCUGGAUAAAGCGAGCGUUUCAAAAUGAUCAAGCGUAGUAGCACGGCGAUAGCGAUUGCAUUAGAUGGUGUAUAUAUGAAACUAGGAGCAUGUAUGAGAGGCGGGCGAUAUGUCGUAUUGAUAUCCUUAAUGGUCAAAUUGCAACAUUGCAUUUGUUAUUUUCCUUGCAAGUACUCGGAUUCAGUUGGGUUCAGGAGGUGAAUAUGAUUCUUUGU